AUGGGUAAAAGGAACUGGAGUUUGGCCCUGGCCAUCAAAGACGAGCAACGAAAGAAACAUCAUCGAACACAAACGCGCCAGAAACAUGAGUAUCUUUUGAAAAAAGUUGAGAACACUGAUGUUGAAAAGCUCUACGGAACCUUGAAGUUUCAUAAGAAUAAAAGAGACCCUAACACCAAGCUUAUCACCAAACUUCAAGAGGAAUGGGACUUUAUACUUAAAAAUAAGCUACACCCACAAGCAGUAGCACUGAUACUUAGUAGAGAACAGAAACAGGUUGAAGAAGAAAACAAGCUAUGGGGACGACAAUCCAUAUAUUUUAAUCCGGAGCUAAACCCAUUAGGGAAGCCACCCACAAUCGACGGGAAGAGACUUCCAAAUAUCAAAGUACCUAUAAGAAAUAAGCGUCUGUAUAAGUCCGAUCCUCGAAUAGCAAACUGGGCAAUCACCCCACCAGAUGGAGUUUGUCCCAAGUUCUAUAAAGUUGUUCUCAACACCGAAAAAGAUAGGGCUGAAGAGACGAUCAUCAACACGCAGCCUAAGCAUCCCACUUCUGGUAAUGACUCUGUGAAUCGUAGUGAUACAACCAAUUGGAAUAUCCAAAGUGAUUCAGAUAGUGGAAGAGAUACAAACGAUAGUGAUUAG